GUUAUGUAUAGUAGAGAUAUAUACAUAUACAUAGUGUAACAAACCAUAGCAACAUGAUUGUGUGGUAGUUUCCUUGGCAGCAAUCGCUCGGUGCUUCUUACAGCAUACAAAAGGUUUUUUCUUGCAAUUGUUUAUAAUUUUACAUAAAAAAAUGGAUACAAGUGUAAAGAAUAAAGCAAAUUGUGAUAAAGUAAAACAGGCAAAUCAUAUUGUUAAUAAAUUGAACCCUGAUCGAAAUGUAACCGAAGAAGAGUUUCAAAAUUUCAUGCACCGCGUUACUGAAGUAGAAAAAAUCAUGAAGCAGUUGACAUCUACUGAUCCAAAGGAACAAGAACGUGGGAAAAAGUUAGCUGAUGAAAUUUUAGCAGACGUCCCGAAAGAAAUUCAUAAAGACGGAGAGAUAAAAAUUAAAACCGAUCGGUCAGUAAUUAAUAAAUAUCCGUUAAAGGAAAAUAAUUCCUCCGAUGAUCCGAAUAAAAUGUCGCGAGAGACAUUUAUGAAGAGUAUAGAAAACGAUGCUAAAAAACGAGCUGAAGAUCGCAAAAUUAGAAACGAGCGAGCGGAAACGUUGAAGAGAAUCGCAAACGGUGCGUUUAAAGAAGGCGAUUAUGAAAAGGCCGUGACUUAUUACAGUAAAGCAUUGGAACAACGUAAAGACUCGUCCGUAUUGUGGAAUAAUCGUGCAUUAUCAUACAUGCACCUCAAGUUAUUCGAGAAGGCCUUAGAUGACUGCGAAUGGGCGUUAAAAGUGAAUAACUCGAAUUUAAAAGCUCUCUUGAAUAGCGCCAAAUGUUAUAUGCAUCUUCGAAACAAAGAAAAGAGUAAAGAAUACAUACAAAUGGCCAAAGAAAGGAAUCCCCAUUUCAACAAAUUUAUUGAUGGUAAUGACAAAUAUUUCAAAACAUUUUUAUCUUACACAUAUCAUCCUUCAUACAAUAACUAUAUUUUACAUUUUAUAGAAUUUCAAAAAGAUCUAAAGCUUCAAUUCAACGAAUUCAAUAUUUAGACAAUCAAUGACGAUAAAAUACAGUAGCUUCUUUUUCUCAGCAAAAUGUAUAAACGUUUCAUGUAAUAUAUAUAGGUU